GGAAGGCAUCAGGUGUCGAAGGAGGGAGCUCAAAAUCGAAAGUGCAGCUAGCUCGUGGCUUUCGCGCCGCGCGACGUUUAGUCUGUCGCGGCGGCCCGAUCUAAUGUAAACCGGCAAUCCUCUACCCGGGCUCUCUAACGCUUUCUACUUCGCGAUUUCUCCUCGUGGUUCUAUUCCGGAGAUCUCUGUCGCGACAGAGAAGCGAAUACUAAAUCACCUCCGCAACGAGACCUCCCCCGUGCAUUUCUUCUUUCUUCCUCUUUCUCUUCCUUGCGAUCCGGGGAUUGGCCGAGAAAAAAAUGUAAGAGAGACUUGCUUCUGUACUGUUAGAAAAGGGAGAAGAAAUUGGGAGAUACUUUUACAGCUUGCCAUUGCGAAAAACGUUGAGUAAGAAGAUUUUGAUAAAUGAGCAAACGUGUGUGGAAAUAGAAGAAAGUGUGACGUUCGAUUGAAAAAAUUUUUGCACAAAUUCAGGAAAGAUAUAGAGAGAUACAAUUCAAUGUCUGACAUAAUUGGAAACUCGCUGAGAACUCAUUAAACGAGUCGAUUGCUUCGUUCAAGAGCAAACUGUACAAUUACAAAUUGAUUUUAUGAAAAAGAUCUUUUAUAAUUCCCUUGUGACAAUAAUAUCUUUUUAAUAGCAUUAUACAUCAAAGUCGUCGAGCUAGAAAAGACACGAAAUUGAAAGUGGCAAUUUUCUGUUCCGUUUUAUGGCCCCACAAGAAUGGUCCACAAGGAUUUCUAACGAACCAUAAAGUUUCUUUCCGACGGAAAAAGAAAAUAAAGGCGAUCAAGGCGAAGCAAGCAAAUAAGUCGGUAAAUAUUGAAAUAUUAGCGCAGGCAGUAAAGAAUAAUGGCGAACAUCAUAUACAUGCAAGAGCAAUUCAAUUUGCGUUUAAACAUGUAACAAAAUGGAAAAUUCCUGCAGUUAUUACUUUUGCAUCUGAUAAACAAAGAAUAAAAUAAGAAAUAUCGUAACACGUAAUCGAGUCCGUGGGAACGAUUUGGAUGCGAUAAUUCGUUAAAUUAUUCCAUUUAAUUUAAUUUUUGAAUCCCACAAAACGUUUUAUAUCUGACGAAGAACGUCGUCCUAUCAAGAAGAAGCCGUUUCCGGUUUGAUUAAGACAAAGCUGAUCGACUUUCCGCAGAAGAAAAAUUACGGGAGGAUCGUCGAUCGCUUCUGCCUACGAGACGCCUGCGAUUCCCGAUCAGGUGAGUGCAACGGGACUGAUCUCAAGUAAAAAAUAGUCGGAAAAAACCUGAUUCGAGAAAUUGAUUGAGAGAAAUUCAUUCCUUUUUGGUCGGACACUUAAUGCAUUAAUUCAUUAAUUUUUUUAUGCGAAUUCACUGGUGCCUUCAUAUACAGGGUGUUGCGGACAAACUUCAUUUGCGAACUUUCCGUGGUGCUUGUAAUCAAUUUUUCUUCGGCAGAACUUUGACUGGGAUUUCCAUCUUUUUGCAAAACUUCGUAAUUUUUAACUUAAUGAUUAAGCUUUUAAUUAAAGUUCCAAUAAACUAAGUUUCACUUGAUAUUAAAUGAGGAAUAAAAGUUUACCGUUAAGAAAAAUUGGCACAAAAACCAUUCAUUUUUAAUAAUUUUUUUCAUAAUAAUUAUUUAAUAAUUUAAGAAUUAUUUUAAUAUGUGUAUUUAUUGAGAAAAAAUAUGUACUUUGAAUUGCAUGAGGAAUUUAUAAAUGAAACUUGUCACGGGAAACUCUGUAAAUCAACUUUUUUUCAUGAUUGAGUCACUUAUUGUAUUUCAAUCGUGAAUAACUAAGUAAAGUAAAUUGAAUGCAAUGAAGUAAUCAAUAAAUCAUUAAUUAUACACGUGUUGACAGUCUCGUACAUAUCACGUCCUUAACGUCAAUAUUUUAUUUCAAGCAUUGUACCUGUAGUAUAAAUUUCUAUCGGUCUUUUUUAACUAUACUCAUUUGCAUUCGCCUUUAGCAUAUCUCAGAUGCCAGAUAACUGUAUUCAUCGCUUCUAUGUAUAUUUUUCAAAAUGACACGCUUAUCAAUUAAUGCAAAUGCGAAUGCCAAGGCUGGGCGACGAGCCGAACAUCGCUAAACUUGCUAUGAACAUCCGCUGUCGUAAUAAUUUGUAAAAAAGAAAGAUCCGCUUGCGACUUGUCGCGCAUCUACUCACCUGUUAGCCAGUAAGCGAGCUUCAGCCGAUCGUACGCUGGGAACAAAUGGUGGAGGACCGUAAUUACGGCUUCGCAUCUUCGCGAUCGCGCAGGAAUCUGACUGUAUAUUGUUUUACUACGAAAGAAGGCCAUCAUCAACGUAUCGGCUGCAUCGUCCUUCGAUGUGCAAGACAGUCGGUAUGCGUGAAGACGGAAAAAUUGAGCCACGAGCCGGUCCGACCGAAAUGGCAGCUUCUGAGCGCGUGGAGAAUGGAAAGAGGAACGAUGACAAAACAUCAGUCACGGAGGAAGUGUAUAUUUCCAAACUUCGACAAGCAGUACCACAGUGUUGCGCAGUCAGCGCUAAAAAUUUGCUCUUAAUUACUUUCGGUACAACCUUGGGAUUUUCAACUAUUCUUAUCCCAGCGUUGCAGAAGGAGGAUGCGGACAUCAAAGUCACGCUAGAGGAAUUAACAUGGAUCAGCAGCCUGAAUUUAUUCCUCGUGCCGAUCGGCUGCUUGGCCAGCGGACCGCUGUCGCAAUAUCUAGGCAGGAAACGAACGAUGAUGCUGGCGAAUAUACCGUUCGUGUUGGCCUGGCUAAUCUUUUACUACGCAACCAAUCCCGGGAUGCUGCUCGCGGCGCUCGCGAUGACGGGCCUGACGGGCGGCCUCCUCGAGGGCCCGGUUAUAACAUACGUCGCCGAGGUGACGCAGCCCUACCUACGCGGGAUGCUCUCCGCGACUUCCUCGAUGGCGGUGAUCCUGGGUGUCUUCACGCAAAUGCUGAGCGGCAGUUUGGUCCACUGGCGAACGGUGGCGUUGAUCAAUCUGAUUUAUCCGGUUCUCUGCUUCCUCGCUCUGUGCUUGGUGCCCGAGAGCCCGCACUGGCUCGCCGUUAAGGGUCGUCUGAAGGAAUCUAAACGCGCGCUUGGUUGGCUGCGGGGCUGGGUGGGUCCGUCGCAGGUGCACAAUGAAUUCGAGGCGCUGCGCGUGGCGAUUCAGAAGCCGACCGAUAACGCCGACUCCGACAAGGAGGAGGUCUGGCGAGCCUAUACGAAACGAACAUUCUACCUGCCUUUCAUUCUGGUCAGCGCAGGCUUCUUCAUCAGUAACUUCGGCGGCCUGACGACCCUGCAGACCUUCGCCGUCGUGAUAUUCGCCAAGCUGAACGCGCCGAUCGACAAGUACACGGCCACGGUGUUCCUGGGCGUCGCCCAGUUGAUCGGCAUCACGCUCUGCGUGCUGACGAUCCACCUCAUAGGGAAACGCAGGCUGACCUUCCUGUCGGUCGGCGGUACCGGUUUGUGCUUCCUCACCACCGCCGUCUACGGCUAUCUGAACGACGCGGGUAUCUUGGACGGGGUCAGGUACAGCUGGAUACCGACUACCUUCAUGAUAGGCGCCGCUUUCAUGGCAAGCAUGGGCAUCAGGACGCUGCCUUGGAUCCUCGCGGGCGAGGUUUUCCCCCCGAAAGUACGCAGCAGCGCGACCGGCGCGGCCGGCAUGAUCGCCUACAUUUUGGCGUCGAUCGCGAACAAAACCUUCCUCUACAUGAUGAACAGCAUGUCACUGCCCGGCACGAAUUUCUUCUACUCGCUCAUCAAUCUCGUCGGCCUGUGUCUGCUGUACGUGAUAUUGCCCGAGACCGAGGGUAGGACCUUGCGAGAAAUCGAGGAGCAUUACGCCGGCAUACAGAAUCUGAAGGAUCGGCCGCGGAAGGAGCAGCAGGCCACCAAAGAGAAAUGGGCGGUCACGAAUCCGGCGAUCGUGUACGACGAGAGCACCGAGAGUAAAUUGUGAAUCGAAAAUCGGCUGGAAGCUUCGCGUGUUAAACCACCGCCAUUAUUAACUAUUGCAUUUCGAGCUCUCUUUGCGCGAUAAAAAAUUAUCUCGAGUAUUCCAUAUAUAACAUGUUAUGAUAUGACAUGUUACAUUUUAAAUUAUGCCGAGGGAAUUACACAGUUCUCUAUACAUUUACAUGCUUGCAAGGUACUAUAACUACACUUUUUUUUUAAUGGAGCUAUGUAAUUGCGGUAAUAUUUAUACUUGCGGUCUGUUUACGUAUAUAAUUCCGGCAGCAGUAUACAAUUAAGUGCGUGUGACAGCGCUGUUUACUCUGCCACUUAAUGCGAUGUCGGAGGAAAAGACUUAUCGCAUAAAAAAAAACUGGAUUUCGUAAUUGACACAAGGCAACACGCAAUGAAAAGCAUAAUCGAUCGAGAUGGAGAUUAUUUGAUUGACGUUCGUAUUUGAUCGUCUAUUCAACGCAAGGGGGAAGAACAAGACCGCAAGCAGUAAAUCAAAUGAGAUUUUCCAGGAAAAUUUCCGGGAAGAGAUUAAUAAAGAACCAAUACGUUAGGAAAUAAUAUUUCUAUUUAUUAUUUUAUAUUAUUUAAAAGAGAGACGCGGUUGCCAUAAAGCGCCACUGGUAUCACAACUGAUAUUACUGCUGUCUAAUCUUUAAUUAGAAACGGAGAAGCUGAUUUCUCGAUUCUAAAUCGGUCUUGCAAUUAGUUUUUAUUCCCAAAAUAUCAAUUUUGCCAUAUAAAUAAAAUUAAAUAAAAAAAAACGGGAAAAAAAUGAUUAAAAAAUAAGUUUUUAAAGAUUAGCAGAAUACUCGACAGGCUUGUUUUGUUGAUUUAAGAUUCUUCGUUAUUGCUUUUAUAUUUUUAGAGAAGCUUUUAUAUGUAUUUUACUUUCGCAUUUUUUUUAUUGCGAUUGGCUGUAUUUACGUAGAUUUAAUAAAAUAAAAUCGAGAAUAUAUAAGGGCUAUAGAAUUAAGCUUUAAUAUAUUAACGAAUACUGUCGCAUAUAUCAUUCUUCUCUGUGAUGAUGCAAUAAUUUUUAAUUCUAAUAAAUGUAGAAUAUAUAUUUUUGAUAAAGCGUAAAAUCGUACACGACAGAUACCAUCAUAGUUUUAUAAGUAAAUUUGAGUAUCGCUUCCUAAAUGAUUUAUACAUUCUUGAUCAAAAAUUUUAAACAAAUGAAAAUGUAUAUAUUAGACUUUACAUUUUACAAUUCGGUUCCUCUCU